AUGGCUAUGUUUCGAGACACCACUUCUGCGGAUGAUUUUAAAGAUGAUCUCACAAGAGCUGCCGGCGUUGUUACCCCUGGAGUUGAUGAUGGUCCUUAUAUUCAAUAUGCUCUAGAUGCCCUUACUCGUGAUCGAGAAGCAUCAGGUUAUCCUUCUUCUAGCAGCGAUGAAUCAGCCCGACCACCCUAUCACUUUACACCAACUGCGGUCCCGAGUCCCUUCAGACCGCCCUCGGUACAAUUACCUCCGCAAGCAGUCAGAGGCAACAAUGAUCCUCAGCAAUGGCCCUUAGUUCCAGGCCCUCGCGUUAUUGCUCUGCCCCCGAACACCACUGCGGAGGAUUUACGUCAGGGGUGGCCGGAGCGGCUGCGUCGAGCAGAACUAGCAAGUCAACCUCUUUGGGAUGUAAUUCCGGAUACUACCGACGAAAACGAAGCCUUCAAAGCUCGCAUUCGGCCCAUUCCUCAAACACACGACGAGCGCCUCAAACUAGAACAGAGACCACUGGACUCGAAUAUUCCCCUACCGCGAAAUUUAGACCACUGGCAGCCCCGGUCAGAUCUACUGAUCGAUUCCGAGACGGGAUUACACCAUUGUGGAAAAGCUUUACAGUAUCAAGCGCCCCUGACGCUGAAGCCCUGGGUCCUACGGUCGCAAUCGCUGUUGCUUUUGGGAACGCUUUGCUUAUUGAUGGUUGCGGCCCUGGUGUUCAGCGCUGUCUACUCUAUGGGCCGCAACGGUUUAACACCAUACGCCGGUUCAAUCUACGGUGGCCAAUAUUUCCUUUUCCGAAUGCUGCCCCAACUAUUGGCGAUAAUUAUCCUAAUUUAUGCCCAAUGUGUUAUUAAUGCUGCGUUCUGGGUCUUGCCAUUCUCUAAUAUGGCCGCGGAUAAUCGCAAUGAACGACGAGAUGCUGUAUUUUUGCCUUUAUUCCCCAAGUCGUUUCUCUGGCCCCAACUCGUUGGGAACUGGAAUAUUUGGUUGCCCAUAUUUAAUGUUUGGCUUUUGAACUUCACAAUCCCGCUGCAGAGCAGUCUCUUCACCGUCAUUUUCGUGGACGGGACUUGGACCUGGGCAACAGUACAGGGUGUAGCGUGGACGUUAGUGGCAUUAUAUGUAUCUUUUCUACUGGCACUGGUCGUGAUGGUAGUAUUCUGGCAUCGGCGGACAACCGGAAUGAUGCGGCCCUGGAAUCUUCGAACUUUAGCAGAUAUCAUUUUUCUCAUAUCCCAAAGCAAUUCGUUACAUCGAUACCGCGGGCUCGAGACGGCAACGACACGAGAAAGCAUGUGGCAAAAGCUAAGUGGAACUGCCGAGAGGCUUGGAUUUUGGUUCUGUCCCGAGGCACCAAAAGUCGGAACGUGGUACGGUAUUGGAGUAUCGACCGGCGCCGAAGAUAUCAUAACCGAGAAGAUGGAUAAUCCAGGAUGGAGCAGUCAACAAGAAGCCCCCUUAGAGGCUGGCGAGCAACCCCUGAGCCCUAGCAUCCGUUACCGCUACCUUCCGUGGUGCUUUAGAGAUGGUCAGAUCAUUUUCUUUGCCGUUGCAUCUUCGAUUCUUCUGGUCGCUUUGAUCAUCGUAUCGUUUGUCCCUGCCACGGAUAUACGCAACGGUUUCCUCCCUCAACUAAAUCCUGCUCCUAUUACAGGCGCAUUUUCGGCAGCCAACUUCGUCUAUUCUUUUGUCCCUUCGCUCCUCGGACUCAUACUGUUCCUCAUGUUUCAGUCUCUGGACCUAACAUUGCGGAUCCUAACCCCGUGGGGUGAGCUUGCACGCCCGGAAGGUUCACGAGCGGAGACCUCGCUUCUCUUGGACUAUUCUACCUGUCUCCCUUUCGAGUCGACCUACAAGGCUUUGAAGAACAAGCAUUGGCGAGUAGCCGUUGUGUCUUUUCUAUCCAUAAUUUUUGCCCUUCUACCGGUCUUGGCUGGUGGACUGUUCAUGGCUCUAACUCCACCUUCCGGAGGAGCACGCAUGUACCCCAACGUACCUGCUUUCGCCAUUAUUCUUGCCCUCUUAAUCCUCUACGUAGGCGGGCUCAUCUGUUUGGUGCCCAAGAGACAACAGUUUUGCCUCCCCCAUGCCGUCACUUGCCUGGCUGAGAUCAUUAGCUUUUGCUGCGACGAACAGCUGCGUACGGAUGAGGCGUUCGACUUACACAUGGUCUUGGAAUCCCACGACCUCGCCGGCAACCUUGAUAUCGGCAAAGACUGGCACAGACAGGGCCGAUGGGCUUUCGGCGCCGGCCGAAAUAAUGACGAACGACUUGGCGUUAAGCGGUACAGCAAGUACACUGUCAACCCGAAGAAGCUGCGCGCUUACGACAAGAGAGCUAGAGGCCAGCUUAUUUCGGCACCUCUGCCUCAUAAUAGCAGUUCACUGUUCAAGCGCUAG